AUGUCAUUGAGUUGGCCAGCAGUGAGUUUAGAUGCCCGGAACACUGCAUCAACGUCACUAAAUCGGCCAGAAGCAAGCUUGGAUUUCUGGAACACUGCAUCAGCUCUUUCAUACCUAGAUCCUUCAAGACAAUGCUUCCGAGCUUGCUGCUGGCUCAAUUCUCUUGGGAAAAUAUCGUCAUUGUUCCUCCUUUAUGGAGUGUCGUGCCCCCUCUUCAGCCUUCCAUGGAUGGAGUGGGAUUCGCGCUGGCAGGGAUAUCCUCAAGAAAAAAGUUGGUUGGAUCAUUGGAGAUGGUUCGUAGAUCAAAGUUUAGGUUUUGAACUGAUAUUAACUUCUACCCCGACCUCCCCUAUCGGUCCACCUACGUUUCUCAAUCAAUCUCUACGGGUUAAGGAUCAGCUCCUACCUCUUUCUGAUUAG